ACUUGCUCCAUGAUUUCUUUCCCCUCUUUCAAGUUCAGUCUGCCGGGAUCCCCAGUCUGCCUCUCUCGGCGCAUCGGCGUUCACAGUGAAAGCUAAAACCCUAGUUCGGACCUCUACUAGCAGGCGACGGGGGCGGUAGAGCGUGGAAUACCCGGAGAUGUCAGCGCAGUCUGCGGUUGCGUCGGCCGUGGAGAGGCUGCAGGCAGCGGCGCAGGACGCCGCCAAGUCCUCGUCGCGCUCGGCCGGCGCCUUCUCCGAGCAGGCACAGCAGGCCCUCGUGCCCAGGGCCGCCGGCCGGGUUGUUUCUCUGUCAACAUGUACAAAGGUCAGCGCCAUUAGCUUUGCAGUUGGAAUUGUGGUGGGGUUCACGCUCAAGAAAAGGCUACGCAGAUGGGCUGCUAGACUGCUGAAGAGAAUUAAGGACGAUGACUAGUGCAAUCUUUUCCUCAUUGUCUUUGGAGUUUGUUCAGAAGUAUGCCUACUAUGUACCUCAGCAUCUUCUGUAGCCAACUCCUUAUGUGAUUCCACAGAUUUGCUAUGAAUGCUGGUUUAUGAAUCAUCGGUUCAUCAUAUUACAGCACCCUGAAAUGAUAUAACGUCAGAAAGUAUGUGGCACACUAUUUUUAUAUUAUUAAUGGAGAAAGUAUUAGCGAGCAAAACUA